AUAUAUAUAUUAUAUAUAUAUUACGUUUAAAAAUUAAAAUUGUCAAAAUACAAUAAAAUAUAUCUUAAUUAAUAUUUACAUCUAUAUUAAUUUUUUAUAUCACAUUUCUUUAAUUCGAUUUAUUGUGUCUUAUAAAAUAAUUUAUUAUAAAUAACAUAUUUUAUAAAAAUUAAAAUAUGAAUUUAAAAUAUUAUGAAUUCUGAUGAAAACAUUAAAAUGGAUAGAAUGAAAACUAUUUUUCGAGAAAAAAAUAUAAAUAAUAUGAAUAAUAUGAAUAAUUUGGAAGGUAAUCAAAUUAAUGAUGAAAAAAAACCGAAGAAAAAAAUAACUAUAGUAGUAGAUGAAGAUGAUCCAUGUCUUAAAGAGAGAGAUUUAAUAGAAGAAGAAAAAGAAGAAGUUACAGACGUUACUUUCGGUGAAGAUCCAAGAUUUCAACAACAGAAUCAAACGAUACGUUGUUUUAUAAUGUAUACCGAUUUCGAUCGUUGUGAAGAGAUUUUAGGAAAAGGAACAGCUACAUGCACAUGGUUCAAACAAGUUUUUCAAUCUAUUUGUCCAAACGAGUGGAUUCGUCGAUGGGAUGAACUUAAAGCUAAGGGCUUAAAAUUUUAACAAAAAUAUAAUGUUAAAAAAAUUUUUUGUAAACAAAUAUAUAAUUUAA